AUGAACCCCAUUACUCCUAGAAAGAGGAAUAGUUCCGUCGAGGAAAUCAUCAACCGGCUCAAUGCCGACUAUAACCUGGGCAUCCAGUGCGUCGCAGACGCAACUCUCACCCCGCACCGCCGGAAGGAGCUGGCCGAGGGAGACGAGAGUUUCGGGCGCCAUGACAAGAUAUACAGAGCUCUCAAUUUCCUUUACUGGCAGAAGGAUGAAUCUCUGACACAGGCAGAAACCAACUUCUUCAUCGAGGCCAAAGCUGCGAGCUCGAACUGGAUACCCAAGGCCCACGCCGACCCUGAUACCCUUUCGUGGUCCAAAGAACCCCCACGCGCUACGACUGCGGGCCAACAAUGGCAAUUGCAGACCGUCUUGCUCGAGGUGCUUAAUAGGUUUAUGCCACCUCCUAACAACACGCCAGCUCGAACGCUUGGAAGAACUCUAAGCGGCCCAAGCCGCCUGAGCCGCCCAACCCCCACCAGCACUAAGCGCAACGAUGAGCCUGCCCAUGUCACUUUCGCUGAUCCGCCCAAACGCUUGUUUGCUCGCUCGGCCACAGGCCCUCCCACUCACAGCGCGGCGAUACCCCCAAAGUUUCCCGAUCCAGUGAAUACCGGUUCUAAACGGCCGUCUCUCGAGAGUGGAGAUCCCAACCAAGGCACUAAGCGGGCUAAGGGCAAGCUGUUUGAUAAUGUCGCCGCUGCCGCCGUCCCGCCCAUGCCCAUUGCGAGCGCUUUGGACAAAGUACCGAGUCGAAGGCAUGCGAAUACCAGUGAUCCCACGGCAACGGGUACUAGACGAGCAGACCAGGUGGAUUCUCUCAAUACUACAUCACAAGGCAUCUCGUAUGGUUCGAGUGUCUUUAACACUGGUCGUCAUAACCAGAGCAUUUCCCAGAGUAGUACUGAGGCUCCUCCUUCACGACUCAGGAAGAAGCGACCCGUGGAUGCCAAGGUCUUCGAGACUGGAAACAUGCCUGAAUCUCCUAGCAAGGGAAGGGCAGCAAAGGCCCAUGUCGAGAACCAGUUCCUUUCUUCGUCCUCCCAGGGUGAAACAUCAUUCAGCAGUAUCUACGGCUCGUUUCCAAGUUCUGGCGGCGAGGGCGCAAUUCCUGAGCCGAGUCGCUCGAAUGGACUGGGUCGGGGUGAACAAAUUGCUCAACCGGUGGCUCAAGUUCAUGCACCGGCUGUUGCAGCUCGGCUGAAGGAUAUUUGGCCAAAAUUCCCCAAAUGGCUGCACGAAGCUCCUCUUGCUGUUGCAUGGGAAGUCACCAGACUCUUCAUGCACUGCAAAGUGGAUUUGGAAGACGAGAGCUUGGGCUUAAAGUACGACCCUUCCUGGUCUACCGCGCGCGAUGUCACGGAUAUCUGGAAAAGUCUCUACCAGCUCGAUGCUUUCCGAGGCAAAACAUUCCCAGAAAAGCCGGCCACCGACGUGUUCGAUACCGCAAUGACGGGCAACUUUGAGAGCAAGGGUAGUGCCGUUGUUCUUUCUGCUGUGCUAGACUACAACCCGGAUAACUCGCCAACUGCGCCCCUUUACCUUGUGAAGCUGAAGCCGCUCAUCUUCGAGCAGGGCUGUCGACUCACCCGUCGGUUCGGUCCUGAUAGGUUUUUCGAGAUCCUUAUACCGUCGCCUACGAGCACUAGCCCGAGCGUUCCGCCGGUUGUUAGUAAGCAACCAGGUGCUGUCGAAGAAGUCAUCCAGUGGCUCACCAAGGAGCCACAUUCCCUCGUAGGCCGCCAAUGGCGCGCUUUCUUCGCCAAAGAUGCCGGAUACAGGAAGCCUCUCAAGGAGUUCCGUCUUCAUGCCGAUGAUCCAAAACCCAUCAUCAAGGAGAGAGUUCACUUAUUUGCUGAGACCGGCCACACAUUUCGACCUGAUGUGUUCGGCAAGAGAGCUGUCGUUCCGGCAGAGGAACCUGUGGACCAACGAACCGAGUUCAAAGUCAGCAAAAUGCUGAACUGGUUACUGCAACUCGACAACAACACUUGGCAGCCGCACCUCAAGCUGUUUUCCCGUAUCCAACUCGGUCUGAGUAAGACCUAUGCCAUCAUGACGCUGGAGCCUCACCAAAUCAUACACCACAAGUCGGAUAUCCUUUCACCUUCAGGCACUGACGAAGUGAUGAAUGAUGGUGUAGGCCGCAUGUCGAGAAGCGUGGCAAAAAAGAUCCGCGAUGUUCUCGGCUUGGGCGACGUGCCCUCUGCUGUCCAAGGGCGGUUUGGUUCGGCCAAGGGAAUGUGGGUUAUCGACGUCAACGACAUGGGCGAUGAUGACUGGAUCGAGACAUAUCCAUCCCAGCGUAAGUGGGAAUGUGACUUUGUCGACAAACAUCAACGGACCUUGGAAGUCCGCAGUGUGGCUUCUGAACUGAAGUCAGCCGGCCUCAACCUGCAGCUGUUGCCUGUCCUGGAGGAUAGGGCCAUGGACAAGGUGAAGAUGCGUCAGGCAAUCGGUGACCGCCUCGUUAACGAUUUGCAACGACAGUUCAGCGAGCAAAAGCAUGCGUUGAAUCGUCCUGUGGAGUUCCGCCAGUGGGUUUACGAGAGUUACUCUACUCGCGCAACUCGAGUCAGCCACGGCCGUGUGCCUUUUCUUGCCGGGCUCCCUGACAGCCAAGAGGAGACACUGAACUACUUGAUGAACAGCGGAUUUGACCCCAAGAAGCAAAAGUUCCUGCAAGACAUCGCCUGGGAUCUCCAAAAACGGAAGUGCGACACCUUAAAGUCCAAGUUGAACAUUCGGGUCGGUCGAUCAGCGUACAUCUACAUGAUUGCCGAUUUCUGGGAUGUGCUCGAGGAAAAUGAGGUUCAUGUCGGAUUUUCAUCCAAGUUCAGAGACGAGGAGGAGUCUUUCACACUCCUAUCCGACUGCGAUGUCCUGGUGGCACGAUCUCCAGCCCAUUUCCCCAGUGAUAUCCAACGUGUCCGAGCAGUCUUCAAGCCAGAGCUUCAUAUGCUCAAGGAUGUUAUCAUCUUCUCUACUAAAGGAGAUAUACCGCUUGCUAAGAAGCUAUCUGGUGGAGACUACGACGGCGAUAUGGCGUGGGUCUGCUGGGAUCCGGAGAUUGUCGCUGGUUUCGUCAACGCGGAGAUGCCUCUGGAGCCUGACCUGUCGAGGUACCUUAGGAAGGACAAAACGACAUUCAAGCAGAUUUUGGCAUCACACGGCGCUGGCCCAGAGGCUAAGGAGCAGGCCAUAUACGACAUGAUCCAGAAGAGUUUCCAUUUUGCCAUGCAGCCUAACUUCUUGGGCAUGUGCACCAACUACAAGGAAAGGUUCUGUUACAUCAAUAACAGUGUUUGUAAUGAGCCGGCUAUCAUUCUCAGUUCACUGGUUGGAAAUCUCGUCGAUCAGAGCAAGCAGGGUAUCAUAUUUAAUGAAGCGAGCUGGGCUCAGUUGCGUAGGGAGUUGCUUGGAGGCAUGUUGUCUCUCCCUGAACCAGGUUACAAAAGCGACAACUGGUUCGGCCGUGGAGAGCCUACACACAUCAUUGACUACCUGAAAUUCACUAUCGCUAGGCCCGCAAUCGACAAGGAACUGGAAUCUUUUCACAACGCCAUGAAAGCGGCCAAGGACACAGAGGACGGUGCCCACUUUUGGGACCCGGAACUCGCAGCCUACCACGCAUUCUUCAAAGAUUUCGGCAAAAAGUCACGAUCCUGCGCACUGCUACUCACCACGCUCGAGAACCGCAUCGGCGAAGUGGAAAAGGAAUACGGCAGGUUGGUCAAAAAUAAGGACAUGAGAGACAGCGCCGACUCCUACCCCGUCCGCGUCAACCAGGUCUAUGAGAAAUGGUGCGCCAUCACGCCCGAGGCCAUGGACAAGUCCGGAACCAACGAUGAUUCUAAGGUGAUCAGGUUGCUCGAGCUGUCCUUCAUCCCGGACCGGGAAAUGAACACGUGGGCGCUGCUGAGGGCCAGCACGGCUUUCAAGUUGUAUUACCGUAAGAGCCCCAAAUUUGUCUGGCAGAUGGCAGGCAGGCAGCUGGCGUACAUCAAGGCACAAAUGACGAGCAGACCGGGUGAAGGCGCCCCGGCACUUAUGACUGCAUUCAUGUACGCGGGCUUGAUGCCGGAUAAGAAGUUCAUGAAGCAGUAUGUGGCCAGGCUGGAGGGUGAUGGAUCGGAAUACCCUGACCCGGAGGAUCAUGAUCUGAUUGGUGAUGAGGAGCUUGAUGGAAUUGGUUUCACAGGGAAUGGCGAUUAUUAG